CCAAAAUAAAACUGUUCGAAUGACGUAACCGAUCGAUGCUGAUCCUCUUUGCGAUUUCACCGCGAGGAUCUGCGAGCACCCUGCGGCAACCUAGAGGGCAAACCCUUGUUUUUCAGCGAUCCUCGCUCUCGCAAACCCUAACCUUCUUUCGGGCGAUCCAUGGGAGGGCACGGAGGGCUCAACAUCCUUCCGCAGAAGCGGUGGAACGUCUACAACUACGAUAACCGCGAGAAGGUCCGGAAGGACGAGGAGGCCGCCGCCCGCGAGGAGCAGCUCCAGCGCGAGCAAUCCCGCCGCCGGGAUGCCGAGUUUCGUCUCGAUCGUCUGAGGGUUGCCCGUGGAAUUCACCACCAGCAACCUACCCCGGUUGACGAUUCUCAUCACUUCAACCUUUUCGAAGGUCUUUCUGAUUUCUCCGCUCUCGGAGGUGCCCGGGGAGAGGAGGCCACUCACUUCGGCAAGAGAUCCAAGAAAAGUGAGGCUGAGGAUAGUGGUACCAAGAGUUUUAAAAGGCAGAAGAGAGAGGAAAGGUCAGCUCCAGUGGCUCCGGAGGACGAAAAGUAUAAGUUAGGGUAUGGAUUGGUUGGAAAGGGGGUAAAAGCACCGUGGUAUCUGUCAGCACCUUCCACCAUGUCGAAGGAUGCAGAUGAGAAAAAUGGGAUUUCCUCAGUUCCAAGUGGAUCAGCGAAGAAGAAUUCCGGGAAAAAGACUAUAGAAGAGUUGCGGGAGGAACGUAUGACGCGGGAAAAUAAAGAGAAGGAGAGGGAGCGCGCGCUUCAUUCAGGUGCAAGGAACCGAGGGUUUUCAAGGACUUUCAAAUAAGAAGAGUAUAAUAUACUGCUUUUAGUGAAUGUGGUGCAUCAAGGUUCAUCCGUCGCCAAGUAUCAGUGCACAGUCAUACAAGUUGCUCUCUCUGAUCGAACGUGUUUGAAUGGCCUUGAUCUUUUUAAACUUGAUUCAGAAAUUGAAACUUGUAAAGCAUUGCUGCUUGGUCCUGGCCAAUCAGUCAGAAUUCAUACUUGUUAUGACACUCUUUAUUGCUAAUCUUAAGUGGUUUCGUUAAAUA